AACUAGACUACAUACCCCACAGAGCCUCGGGAAGUCGGUUGCCUGGUAUUAGCAAGCGGGAAGUAUGGCGACUGCGGCGCGGAGCGACGCAGCUUUACCACCAGGAGAAGGUGCAGUGGUUGAUUGGUCAGGCCAGGGAUUACAGAAAUUGGGUCCAAAUUUGUCCUGUGAUGCUGAUACACAUACUUUGAUUCUUGAUAAAAAUCAAAUUAUUAAACUGGAAAAUCUUGAGAAAUGCAGAAGACUAAUACAGUUGUCAGUUGCCAAUAAUAGACUGGUUCGGAUGAUGGGUGUGGCCAAACUGACUCAGCUCCGAGUUCUGAAUCUGCCUCAUAAUAGUAUCGGCUACGUGGAGGGACUGAAGGAGCUAGUACACUUAGAAUGGCUGAAUUUGGCAGGAAAUAAUCUGAAGGCUAUAGACCAGAUCAUUAACUGCACAGCUCUACAACACCUUGAUUUAUCAGACAAUAACAUAUCCCAAAUAGGUGAUAUUUCUAAACUGGCAUCUCUGAAGACUCUCCUGCUACAUGGAAACAUCAUCACCUCUCUUAGAAUGGCUCCAGCUUGUCUACCUCGAAGCCUUGCUAUCCUUUCACUGGCAGAGAAUGAAAUACGAGACCUAAAUGAGAUUUCUUUCUUGGCAUCCCUUUCUGAGUUGGAACAGUUGUCAAUCAUGAACAAUCCCUGUGUGAUGGCCACACCUUCCAUUCCAGGCUUUGACUAUCGGCCAUACAUUGUCAGCUGGUGCUUAAACCUCAAAGUCCUAGAUGGAUAUGUGAUUUCUCAAAAGGAAAGUUUGAAAGCUGAGUGGCUUUACAGUCAAGGCAAGGGAAGAUCCUAUCGACCUGGUCAACAUAUCCAGCUGGUCCAGUAUCUGGCAACUGUUUGUCCUCUUACUUCUACUCUGGGCCUUCAAACUGCGGAGGAUGCCAAACUGGAGAAGAUACUGAGCAAACAAAGGCUUCACCAGAGGCAGUUGAUGUGCCAAAACCAAAAUGAAGAGUCUUCAUCUUCAACUGCUAGUGAAACAGAGGUAGCCAUUGCACCAGAGCACUCGGAUCCAGCUCCAGGGGGCCAAAUCGUUCUGGAAAGUGAACCUGUCAUUCAAGUAAAUUCUUGGGUUGGGGCAAGUGCUCAUGAAGAUCACUUAUAUGCUAUUAAGAGUAACCUGGCAGCCUCAGUACAGACUGCAAGGUUUUCUCGAAAUGACCUACACCUAGAAGACAUACAGACAGAUGAAGACAAGCUGAACUGUAGUCUUCUCUCUUCAGAGUCUACUUUUAUGCCUGUUGCUUCAGGAUUAUCCCCUGUAUCUCCUACUAUUGAACUGAGAUUACAUGGUAUAAACUUGGACCUGGAAGAUGAUGGUGCUAUGAUUGAAUCUUUGAAAGAAAUGAAAAAACAGGAUGUGGACAAGGAAGUAGAAAAGGCUUUGUGGGUUUCAAAAGAAAGUUCUGUUAAAUCAGCAAAUGGUGAGGGAAACCCAGAGACCAAUGACAGAGAUGGAAUGUUGUUCUGCCCUGAGCUGGCCACAGCAAGUGAUGUCUCAAGGGAUGGUGUUAGUCAUUCCCACAUAGCCUUUCCUGGGACAGGUGGAUUCAGGCUUUCCAGUGCACAGCUUGUUCAUGAAGGUGCAUUGUCUCAGAUCAUUUCAGAAGAACUUCCCUGCAGGCCUUUACCAGAGGGAUCUGUUGCUUUGGACAAAGAUUCCACCUUAUUUCAAAGAAUGAAUGAUGCAGCCACCAAGCUCCAGGCCUGCUGGAGGGGAUUCUACAUCAGGAACUACCAUCCACGAGCCAAAGAAGUACGCUAUGAAAUCCGGCUGAGGAGGAUGCAAGAGCACAUUGUUUGCUUAACGGAAGAAAUGAGGAGAUUGAAAAAGGAAAGAGAUGAAGAGCAUAUUCAAAAGCUUGUGCAAGAAGAGGCUGUCAGAUUCCUUUGGAACCAGGUGAGAUCGCUACAAGAUUGGCAGCAGACAGUGAACCAGCACCUCAGUUCUGCCUGGCAGUGUAGUGUUCCAGUCUCUAGUACCCUGUUGUCCUCCCAGUCUUCUCCAUUAUUUAUUUCGAGUCAGGAGCCCUCUUUGGCCAGUGCUUCUGACUGGUUCAUUUCAGAUGCUGAAGCUCCCCAGGAGAAAGUCAUCCCUGAAUUCCCAGACUCUGGCUUUCACUCCUCCCUUGCAGAACAAGUUCACUUGCAGUAUUCCUUUGAUUCUGAAAAGAGUUCCAUGGGAGGGAGUGAAAGUUCUUUAAUGGGAAAUUCCUUAGAGACAGUUAGAUAUUUCAAAGAUACAGAUACAGGGGAUGCCAGUGAAGAGCACGAUGAAUGGAACAAAGAGAACUUGAAUAAUGAACAGGAUAAUAGUCUUCUGGAACAGUAUUUAACUUCAGUGCGGCAGCUAGAAGAUGCUGAUGAGAAGACCAGGCUUGAGGAUGGCAUAGAAGAUGAUGGUAGCCUUCCAGUUACUUCAGCCCCAAAUUCAUAUUCUUUGUCUGAUUCAGCUGCUGCUGCUAAUAUAGCUGAUAACAAAGCUGCUCCUUUGCAAGAUGAAACCAGUCAGACACCAGACACUUGUAAAUCAGAUGCAGAAGUUCAAGCUCAUCAAUCAGAAUGUGACUCUGCAUUUCAGGUGCUGCCCGUUGGCAUUGCUGUAUAGUAUGCCUGGUGCCAUGGAAAACUGAGGAAUUACUUAAUUCUUUCUAAUUUUCACUUGUCCUUAUAUUUUCUUUCAGGUGUGUGUUUUUUUUAAACAACAAAACUUCAUAAUUUAUAUAGAAUUUAUAUUCUCAUCUCUUAUUUUCCAGAUUUCACAUAUCAUAUUGAGGCUUUGUUUUGACAGCAUUUUGCUAAUCUUGUAUGUUCAAGCACUCAGCUAUAUGAUGCUGAAUAAUAUUUAUAUUGAAAGCUGUAUGCACUUUAUUUCUUAAUAAUUGAGCUGUAUCAAAAUAGCUUUUUCCUUUGUAAAAUGUACUAAGAUUGUUUUCUUCCAAAGAGAAUUAAACUAAAGCUUCUUCAAAUUUAGGAAAUUUUACCUAAAUGGUUAUUGCAUUAUUUUAGAGAACCUCUGCUCUUUUUUGUUAAUGUGGAAAAGAAUGAUGUAAUGCAUUCUCUAUAAAAAGAAAUCAAAUGCAAUUAACCAGUAUGUACAGGACAGUAAACUGUUCAGAGGGGAGCAAAAAGCUGGCUGCUUUGCCUUCUGACUAUAGCAGGAAGAUUCCAGCCUUGCUUUGAUUUUUCUCCUUUUGAGUCAGGGAAAAACCUUUGCAAGCAAAUCCAGGAGGACACAAUGAAACUACAGAAUCUUUUCGGUAAAGAUGAUUAAUUGCCUUAAGAGACAGAUCUUUAGUGAAUAUCAAAAUAUCCUUAAAAGAGCAUGUUCUUCAACAGUGAAGUGUUUCAUCCAGCCCUGAAGCUCUGCUUACUCUGAGGAAGCAAUAAUAGAAAAUCCUUCUCUCAGAUGAGAGCAAGCAAGCAAGCAAGCACAAAGAUCAAUCCAUUUGUUAAUAUUACCACUGUAUGUGUUCUUAUUCUUUGAUUAAAAAAACCAAACAUACUAGAAUCAGUUUUUUUUUUUUUAUUAUUAACCAUUCUUGACCUGUUUCCCAAUUGUGUCCUUUUUUGGAUAUUUUACAUAAUAGCCCCCAUUUACAUGGCCCUUUACAAUGCACUUUCCUCACAUUAACCUCAUUUAAAAAUUUUGUUUUUUAUCCCCUGCAUAGUGCCUUGCAUGUAGUAGGGAGUUAGUAAAUGCUGGUUGGAUUUGGAGAUAGCAGAAAUAUUAUUAAAGCCAUUUUAUUUUAUUUUGUUUGUAAAUACUCGAUUAAUAUUUUUUAAUGUCACUGUCACUUCUCUCUUGAUCCCUCACCCCCUAGCAUAACUCUCUCUUGUAGUCUAUAAGUACAGCCAAAUCAACACAUUAGCCAUGGCUGAGAACAUGCUUUGUUCUGCUCUCAUCCGGCACUCUUCUCUGAGAAGCUUAAGGCACGCUUUACACUUAGUCCUCUGAAGUGACUAUUGAUCCCUAUGUUUAUCAGAAUUCUGAAAUUUUUCAAAUUACGUUCACUUUACAGAUAAAUCUGUUUGUGAAAUCUGUUUCUUUAAAUGAUUUACCCAAGGUCUCACAGCUAGUUAAGUAUGAGAGCUAGGACCCAAACCUAUAUAUUCUGACUCCAAAUAUUUCCUUUUUUCUUUUUUUUUUAAACCAUUAUACCAUACUUCUUCUCCUCUAUUUAAAUAGGAAAUUUUCUCCCUCUUUUUUGAGGGUUGGAGGAGAAGGGAGGAAUUAGUACUUAGAUUUGGCUGUGGGCAUUGAUAGAUGGCCCAUAUACUCUUCCCUUUUUAAUUAUGCUCUUAGAGGUAAAGCAUGUUCAGACUUGAAGGUGUAUACUGAUUGAAGAACUUGAGCGCGCGCUCUCUCUCUCUUUCUCUCUCUCUAAGGGAAAUCUUUCCCACUUAUGGUUUUUUAAAAGUCCCACAUUUUGGAGAGUAAUUAAUAGUGGUGGUGGUGGGGAAACCAUUUCUUUUGCCCUUUAUCUGGUUAAAAAAUUCUCCAAAUGUACAAAGAAAAUAUUUUAUUUUGAAGUACUCAAAAGUAAAUACAUAAAUAAAAACAAGGAUAAUCUAACUUUGGGGAAAUGUUUUAAGUGUUGGAAAAUCGUCAAAAAAUGUUGUAAUAUCUUUUAACCACAAGCACACAGAAUCAUGGAAUGUUAAGAGUUGUGAUUCAUUUCCAUUUAACAGCCUUGUAUAAAGCAUCUAUUAAUAUGUGUAAGGCCCUAUGGGUACGACACCCAAAAUGAGACAACUUUCUUACUCUCAAGUUUACGUUAUAUUGGGAGAGUUUAUAUACACAAGUAAAUAAAUACGAAGUAUAUAAAAAGUAAUUUCAGGAGGAAGAGAGCACUAAUAGCUGUGGAAGACAAGGAGGUACCUCAAACUUUAGGAGGCACCUAAACUGUGCUACAGAUUCUACUUCCUAAUUAGAUUUCUAGGAUUAUAACCAUUUAGAACUCUGAUGUCAUUCAAAUAAUCUGAGACAAAUUAGAAGUUAAAGACCUAUUUGUCAUUCCCUGUAACUCACUGGGAAUCCAAUCUCUAAAAUUAUGUGGAAAAAAAACACUGAAACCUUCCAGAAUACUGCUAACAUUGAUAUAUUUAUGCUGGAAUUAUUUUUUUCUGGGUUCAUGAAUAAGUAGCACUCAGGUUAAGAAUUCUUUGGAUCCAGAAUGUUUUACUAAGGAAAAUUUCCAUCUGCUUUUUUUGGCUGUCUAAUCCUAAAGUGAACAUAGUAGUAAUAUAUUUGUAGUUGUCAAGUGGGCUUAUUAGGUGUUUUUUUAUCCUAUAGUGAUAACAUGUCUUAUUGAUCACUUGUUACACAAUAAUUGAAGCUUUUCCAGCCUUUGGACAAUGCCACUUGUUUUUUAUGGAUCAUUUUACAUUUCUUCUUAAAUGCAUCCUAUUUUUCUAUUUUUACAAUUAAGUGCCUAGUUUCCCACCAGGAGUUAAAGAAAAACCACCUUGUGUUGCCCUAGUGCCAAAGUCCUAAUUCUCAUUACAUUAAAAUUUUCCAUAAAAGCUGCUAAAAUUUCCUACUUCAGUAUUACCUAAUCAGACUUUAUCUUACUCAGACCUUUUUCUUUGCUAAGCUUCUCUCUACACUAACAUUAAUUAAUCUGCAUUAUUUUCUUUCUUUUGAUACAUGAAUUUCACUACUCAUAACUAACUUUUAGAGGAAUUUAAUUUCAUGAAAAUUUAGCAAAAUACGUAUCAGGUAAUAUUUUCAUUUCUCUUUUACCUUUUACUAAAGUUUUGAAGUACAAGAAUAUUAAGACAUCUCUUCCUCUUUUCCUUUUGGACUUUUACAGUUUCUCUUGCAUGUAGUUGAGAUUAAAAGUAAUUUAAAGUUAGAAUGUAGGAAAUGUGUGGACCAGCUUAAUAUAUCCUGAGGGGCUUAAAAUAAUUAAAAACUAUAUAAAAUUUUUGGUUUCAGAGUCACAGAGUGUAAUAGGUUGAAUUAAGAAGCUAGUGUAGUUUAACAAGGCUUGGUAGUUGGCUGAAAACGAUAGGUAAAAGAAUUUGUUCUUUGAAUAUGGUAACCUUGUUUUAAAGUGUUUUAGUCAAGGGUUAGGGGCAGUUCAGCAAUAUUGCUUCACUUCACUUACAUUUUUUUUCCAUUCAGUGUAGAAUUAUACAGAUUUAGUACAUAUCCAUUAGAAACAAUUAUAAACAACUGAGCUUACUGGGAUUUGGUUUAAAAUUUUGACAAAAAUUUUUGUACUUUACAGCAGUGAGUAGUAGACAGACAAAAGGUUUCCCUAUUUUCAUUUUUCUCUCUGUGUUUGAAAGGAAAACAAGUUCUACCAUUGAACGAAGAGCAGUUAUUAAAACAACAACAACAACAAAAUAAGCACUUAGUGAUUGAUUUCUUUUUCUAAGUAACAUUAAUUAUGUUAUAAAAAAAGUGUUAACCUUGUAAAAGUUUAGCAAAGGAUCCUUUCUUCUAUACCUCAAGGAUCUGUAAUUUCAUCAGUAUAAAUAGGUAUUCCCUCUAUCAACUGAGAUAUCCCCACAUCUUACUUAGUAAAUAGUUUCCUAAGUUGCUGGGGCCAAAAAAAAUUAUCCUUUGAUGGUCAGCUCUCUGAACUUAGCUAUGUUAGUGCUUGGAUAAUGUACAUUGCUGGGCCUGUACGAGAAGCUCUUCCAGCUUGGUGAAGGGACUGUUAGAGCUUAUGCUAUGAUUUUGAGAACCCAGGGUCAUCUUGAUACCAUGAUGAAAUAUAAUUGUACCUUAAUCAAAUAAUAAUUAUAAUAAAAAGUGGCAUGUUGCUGAUCAGUAUAAAGAUCUUAUAGUGAAUCUUGGAAUUUGAUCACUUUAAACCUCAAGGUUUACUGAGCCAACUAGGUGUGAAAGUCCAAAUUAUACUAAUUAUUACAGAAAGCACUCGUCAGGCUAGUCAACACAUGUAAGCUAGUUUGAUUCUGUAUAGUUGAUUAAUAAAGCCUCCUGCAUGCGACAGGUAGAAAUGUAAAUAAUUGACAAAACUAUUCUCGUGAGGUUGAAGAUAACUUUUUUCCUCCAAUUAUGGUAGAUACCAUUGAUCUGGCAAAUAGUAAUAUUUUAAAAUGGGGUUUGUGUGUGUAUGGCAUAUUUUUGUUAAAAUAACAAAAACAAACCCCUCUGUAAUGGUGUGUUUCUAUGUAUCUACUUAAUUCCAAGUCUUAUUCCCACUUUUGUUAAUGUUUUCGGGAAUUGGGCUUAAGCAAUUGUCUAAUUUGUAGUGGUCCAUUUGAUGUUUUUAUGUUGUAUUUGGAGCACAUUAAAUACCACAGUGCUUUCAGUUCAAGAUAGACAAAAAGGACAGAAGCUAUACUAUCUAAAAAAUGAAAUGGAUACAGUAUAAAAAUACACAAGAUAUUCCUAGGAAAUGGAUACAGCAUGAAAAUACGGCAUGAAAAAGAUGAGUGACCCAUUCAUAAACCAAGUGGAAAGAUGGUUUGCUUAUUUAAUGUGUGAAUUUUUUAUUUUGAUAAUUAUAUAUAUAUAGUUGAAGUAGAUUUGCUAUACUGUAGUCUGUCCUCAUGAAGUUACUUCUAGGUAAAGCUUAUGACUACUUUGUCAUAGAGUAAAAGAGAAAAUUUAGUCAAAAACACUUUAAAGGUUUUCUGAGUUUGCUUUCCAAGAUGGAACCUGUUGUGCCAUAUUAAAAUUUCAUAAAUAAAGUAAAUAAUAGUAAAAAAAAAAAAGUGAAAGGUAUCCUUGGAGAGUAUCCAUGUAUGGAAUUGUAUUUUUCCAAAAAUGAGGUGCUUUUUUACCUUGCAUACCACUCUGAAUCUUAUUCACUCCAUUGAUGGCAGAAUCAUGCUAUCAUGGCUUUGUUAAUUUUACAGUUCCAUUUCUUUGGUUUUGGGGGAGUAGUGUUUUAUGUAGGUAAUAAAGUUUUAAAAAUUAAUCUGAUUGUGGUUUAUUUUUAGGUUUCUAAAAUCAGUAGGAAAAUAGUGUGUGGUUAAAGUGAUUAUAGUGUGUGGUGUUUUUUUUUUGACUGCUAACUUAAAAUUGUGCUUAAAUGUUUAGUUUGUAUUUCUGAGGUUCUAAUUUAAAAUAAAUUAUUUGUAUCUUUGCUUCUAUUCUUAAUCUGACUAGUUUUUGAAAAUGAAUAAUAAUGAUUCUUAUUCAUGAUUCUAAUGAUUAAAGGAUAAUUGUUGU